CAGGGAACCAAUGAGAUCUGGGCAAAUCAUGAGGUUGCAUGAGGUUUUGUCAUUCAAUCAUCAACAAAUCGAUACUAGUAUAUUUGAAAAUAUUUAUACCGUAUUUUGUAAACACGAAUGAAUGAAUAAGUAAUUCAUACAAUUAUUGAACGUGAAUAAACUAAAUAUGCUUACAAUAAAACAUAAACUAUAAAAUAUCUCCACAUUUGAAUCACGGUUAUAUUUGUUUUGAUGAUUUUUACAUUUUUAAAUAGCCACGUGUUUGACGUGUAUAUAAAUAAAUAUAGUAAAUCAUGAAGGAAUCUUUGUUAACCAAUUGUGAAAGAAAGUUUGUAAAUAAAUCAGUGGAACGAGGAACGCGAUUAGAUGGCAGAAAUUUAUUGGAAGCGCGACCCGUUAAAAUUUAUUUUGGAUCAAAUUGGGGUAGCUGUAUGGUUUUACUUGGGCAAACUAGAGCUGUGGUGCAAGUAACUUCUGAUAUUCAACAACCUAAAACAUCUCGUCCCAAUGAAGGGAUGUUGCAUAUAAAUGUUGAACUUAAUCCAAUGGCUGCUCAACAUUUUGAUGCUGGUAAACAAUCUGAGUCUUCGAUAUUGAUUAGUAGACAACUGGAAAAGUGUUUUAAAGAUUCUAAGUGUAUAGACUUAGAAUCCUUAUGUAUUGUAGCUGAUAAGAAGGCAUGGAACUUAAGAGUCGACAUUAAUAUUAUUAAUCAUGAUGGAAAUUUAAUUGAUUGUGCAUCAAUUGCAACAUUAGCUGCUCUAUCACAUUUUCAUAGGCCAGAUGUGACUUCAACUGGCGAAGACAUUAUAAUUCAUCCAUUUUCUGAAAAAGAUCCUUUGCCUUUGACAUUAUAUCAUUAUCCAGUUUGUGUCUCUUUUAUAACAUUUGAGAGUGGAAACACAAUUAUGGAUCCCACAUAUCUAGAAGAACGAGUUGGUGUAGCUCAACUUACUCUUGGUGUAAAUUCGUACAGAGAAGUUUGUAGUUUGCAUUUUAAUUAUUUAACCAAAACUAUGACUGUGGAAGAUGUUAUAUCAGCAGUAUCUAGUUAUGCAGCAAACUAUGCAGCCGAAUUACUGAAACAGAUUAAAGAGGCAGUAGCAUAUGAUGUAGAAGCAAGGUAUAAGAAAGAUGACCGUAAUACAAAUCGUUUUAAAGAAUCUAUAACAAUGAAUAAAUUUACUACAAUGAACAGUGAACGCAUUAGUAUUAAACUACGCAAAUGGGGUGAAAUAGGAAAAAUCAAACCUGGUGAAGAUUAUACAGAAGAGGAUGAAAAUAAAUAUAGGAUUAUAAAACCUGGAGAAGGUUCUGCUGAAUUAAUAAUAGAUAGUAGUGUAUCGGUUGGUGAUGGUGGACCAAAUACGUGGAAUAUGUCGGAAUCCUCCGAGGAAGAAACAAAUGACAUUGAAAUUGCAGCUGAAGUGAAGAAGAAAGAAACGAUAGUGUUAGAUAACAUAGAAUUAAGCGGAGAUAGCGAAGAAGAAACAGUUGAAAUGCUGAAUUUAAAAGAUAUAUCAUAAUAAAUGUAAAUUACUAAAUCAAUAAAUCGAAAAACAUCAUUCUUACCUUAUUUAUCAAGCAACAAUUAAAAACUAUGGCACAAAUAAAUAAUAUGUUAAGGCGUCUUGUUAUACAUA